UUUUAACCUCUCCACCACUCUCAAUGAAACAAGUUGACAUUUUGCACACUCAUCACACAAAAUCUAAACUCAAACACAAACCUUGAGUAUUUUCUAUUACCAUGAUGUUCUUAUAAUCUAACAAUCUAGAAGCUACUUUAUAAACCAGCAUGAUUCAUGUUGCCACCAAAAGCCAGGAAUAUGCUUCUUUGCAAAUAUUCUACAACAAUUAAUUGUAGCAGUCUUAAAUAAAGGCCCGCGAAUGCGAUUUGAGCUGCAAUGCGACCAUAAUUGAGUUUCCAUCGGCCGAAUUUGACUGCAAUUCUCCGAAUAUCAAAGAUUUAUAUACAGACGCAACCGCUAUUUAAAACCGGAUAUGUUCUUCUGUUAAAAGUUUGAAGCUAAGUUUCAUUCAAGCUAUGAAAGAAAAUAUGGAUGAUGGAAAUUCCGAGGUUUCUGAUAAACUUUCAGAUAAUAAUCUAUUUUCAACUCCCGAAUCUAUGAAAACAGAUACUGAAUUACCUAAGAGCACUACCAAAACAUGCACUCAUACUCACACAUGUAAUCCACCCGGUUUCGAUUAUGAUGAUUCUAUUCAUACGCACACAUGUUUUCACACGCACACUCAUGUUUUUGCUUCCGAAGACAACACAAAUUCAAGGCCGAAAUGGACUUCUUGUAAUAGAGACGCUGUUAAGAAGUAUAGGGAGAAGAAGAAGGCGCAGACGGCUUAUUUGGAGGAAGAAGUUAAGAAGUUGAAACUUAUUAAUCAACAACUUAUGAGGAGAUUACAAGGGCAGGCGGUACUUGAAGCUGAAUUGUUAAGGUUGAGGAACACUUUGGUUCAACUUAAGGGAAAAGUUGACUGUGAAUUAGGUUCUUUCCCUUUUCAAAAGAAGUGUUUCUCUUCUAGUGUUUAUAAAGGGAAUGCUAAUUUGGUUUCGGCUUCUCAGGGAAUUGAUCUUGAGUUAUGUAGCAACGAUACUUCAGAUUGAAGGAUCGUCGUCAUCAUCUAAGGUUAACAGUUGUGCAUGUGCAAACAACAUGACUAGUACUGAAGAACAGACUAUGGACGCGUCGGAUAAUUUCAUGUCAUCUACAUAUCGAAUUGGAUAACUAUACACAUAAAUAUCUUUUGUGAGUUUUUGAUCGGUUGUUAUAUAUGUGUAUCUUUGGCCCUUUGAAUUGAAAGUGUGUCUAGUAUCCGACUCAUUUCAUAUCUAUACUGACACAUGUUUUUCUUUUACUUGGUGAUUACAUGUCACUGUCGUGUCAGGUGUCUGUGACACUGUUGUAUUGAUUACAUUUGUGGUUGUGAUAAGAUGCAUAUACUUACUUUCA